UCGGAUUGGGCAACCACUGAUCGGAGAGGAUACACAGUACAGUGGUGUCCACUUUUGCGGGAAGAGAAGCCGCAUAACAGCCUCUCCUGGUUCCCAGUCCCAAGUGUGAAACUGUUCAAUUUUAGCGAAGGAACUUGACUUGAACAAUAAGUCUCCGGCACGUCCGGCGUUACCUUCUCCGUCAAAAGAACAACACUAAAACUAUCCGGGUCAUGGUGUUAACAGCGGGAGGAUGGCCCUUCCGACGGAAACCCCAUAAGGCCAUAAUGCAGCAGGCCGCCCCGGAAAUCAUAAAGGGUUAUACCACUCUGACUCGUCCCAAUACCCCUCUCAACGUGGUUCACGACCCGCGAACUGGCGGCGGUUCCGCAAGCUUCACCGCCCUCUGCGCCAUCAAGGGUCAAGACGUGACGGGCAAAGUGCUGGCCAUCUACAACGAAGCUAAGAUGCCACAAAUGCGUCCACCACCCUUCAACGAACCAUGAUCAACCCUGAAAUGGAACCGCUCAAGUACAAGUGGAACGACAGCGAACGGAGCAUCUCUUAUGAGCCGGACGACCUCUGCAUCGAUCCAACGAAGCUGGACGAAGCGCAGAACGAAGGAGUGGCCAUCGCGAGAAGUUACGAGGUGCAGCCGAACGACGUAGAGAACCUGAAGCUAAUUAGAGAACUCCAGGUUCUCUAGAUCGAUGUGGCCAACCGGAAGAUCGACGGAUGGGACCGGGAUCAAGUACGGCAAGCGUCUAUGAUCAUCUGAAGACACACAAGAGUGUAAAUGACUUCGAAGAACUCAGCUAGAAGCUGAAGCCUGGCAGCAAAGUGGCCACCGUACCAGCUCAUACAC